AUGGCCUCCGUCAAGCUGCUUGGCGAGGCGUCGCUGAUGAUCCCUGCUCUGCGGCAAGUAAAUUUCGAGGCGAUCGACAUGAUCCAGCUGUUGCGCUCGGCCGGGUUGAACGAGAACGAGACGAUGGUUGAGGAGGGCGUGCAGAACAAGACGUGCCCCUUCACCUGGGGACUCCCCGAAACCGUGGGCUCAGCCCUGACUCCCCUGAUCGGGUGGGUCAGCCUGGUGGUGAUGGGCACGAUCGUGGCCAAGUCGCCGCUCCGCUCCCUCUCCCUCCACCGCUCGUGGCACGAGCUGACCACCGGCAGACAAUCCCGCUUGAACGUCCUCGACUGCUUCCGGGUGAUCGCCAUCCUAUGGGUGAUGCUCAACCAUACCGGAUCUGAGGGCCGAAUUGACAUCCUGGAAAAGCAACCCUCUGCCGACGCCUUCAAGCACAACGUCCACACCCAUCCGGUGUUCCUCGUCCUGUCCGGCUUGCUCGGUGCCCGCUCGUGGCUUCGGAAUGGGGACCAGCCCUUCUGGGCCCACUACAGCUCGUUCCUCGGCCGUCGUGUUCUCCGUCUGUUCCCCUCCGUCGCCAUGUUCGUCUACAUCGCCGCCGGGCCCAUCGUGCAGGCUGUACUUCCUCGCUUCUCGACGACGAUGAUCUCCGACUGCGGCCUAAAGGGCCUCGCCAGCCACCUCAGCUUCACCGGCAACUGGCAGUCGACCCCGACCUGUAUGGGAUACCUCUGGUAUCUGGGUCUCGACAUGCAGCUCCACCUCUUGCUCCCCUUCCUGCUCCAUCUUCUCGUCUCGUCGCCCCGUCGUGGGGUUAUCGUAACCCUCGGGUUGAUCGUCGCCUCGUCGGUGAUCCGGGCCGCCCAUUGCUCGGCAUAUGGUACCUGCAACAAGUCCGACGUCGACAUUCCGUUCAUCUCCUACCCCGACGCCGACCCGGCCGACGUCCUCAAGACGUACGAGGGACUCUGGGACAUGUACGCCCGCCCCUACACCAAAUGCGGCCCGUUCCUCAUCGGCAUGCUCCUCGGCUACGCCACCGUCUUCGUCAAGGCUGAACUCUCCGAAUCCGCCGCCAAGAAGCUGCUCCUCGCUGGCGCCGCCAUCUGCCUGGCGAUGAUCUACGGAAUCUUGCCUGAAUACUGGUACCCGGAGAUGACCACCAACCUGUACAACGUCAGCUACACGGCCCUGUUCCGCAGCGUGUUCGCGCUGGGCGUGUGCGCCAUGAUCGCAUCGUUCUAUUACCGGAAAGAGAGCUUUGACGUCUCGCCGACGUGGUCCAUCCUGGCGCGGCUCACCUUCGCCGCCUACCUCCUUCACAUGCCGAUCGUGUACAUCUUCAACCACCUGUCGUACUUGCAGACGGCUUCUGGAGCCGUCGAGCUGGUAGUUGUCCUCCCCGCAGUGGCCGUGCUCUCGUUCUUGGCGGCCACCGUCUUCUACCUGUUCGUCGAGUCGCCGAUCGGCAACUUGUCGAACAGCUUCGCAAAGACGAUUGGGCUA